UUGCCCGCGUCCGACGCCGAGCGCCGCGGCCCGGGUGCCGGAUGGAGGCCAAGGCGCCGUCCGCGCCGUCUCCUGUCGGCGGCGCGUGCCCUGUGACGGCCGAGGAGACCGAAAAGUGGAUGGAGGAAGCCAUGCAAAUGGCCAAGGAAGCCCUAGAGAAUAUUGAAGUUCCUGUUGGCUGCCUUAUGGUCUACAACAACGAAGUUGUGGGGAAGGGACGAAACGAAGUUAAUCAAACCAAAAAUGCUACUCGACAUGCAGAAAUGGUGGCCAUCGAUCAGGCCUUAGAUUGGUGUCAUCAAAAUGGCAAGAGUCCUUCUGAAGUAUUUGAACACACUGUGCUGUAUGUCACCGUGGAACCGUGUAUUAUGUGUGCAGCUGCUCUCCGCCUGAUGAAAAUCCCACUGGUUGUAUAUGGCUGUCAGAAUGAACGAUUUGGCGGUUGUGGCUCUGUUCUAAAUAUUGCCUCUGCUGAUUUACCAAAUACCGGGAGACCAUUUCAGUGCAUUCCCGGAUAUCGGGCUGAGGAAGCGGUGGAAAUGUUAAAGACCUUCUACAAACAGGAAAAUCCAAAUGCACCCAAAUCAAAAGUUCGGAAAAAGGAAUGUCAGAAACCUUGAACUUAUUCUGUUGGAAGGUUGAUGCCCCUCGAUGGAAUUCUUGGACUGAAAGAAAGCUUUUGACAUCACUGAAUCAUGUUUAUCUGUGUCCUUCGCCCCUAGGAAAAUUGUCUCUCAUGUAUUUGUGCUGUUGAGGAAACAAAUUAGCACGUUUUAAAAGUCUCACAGUUGUAAACAAUGAUUAGCUUUUCCAUAAGCUUCAAGAACAUUUUAAGAAGGGGAAAAGAAGAUAAAGAUUGAGGUCUUAGAAAUUAUUGGUUGUAAUUCAUUCCUGGCUCCUUCUGCUUUCCUGCAAGCUGACUUCAGUGCACUUUCUAUCUUCACAUCAUCGUUUUCUCAGGGAUUAUUUGUAGACAAAAAACUGGAGUCUUUUGUCUAGUGCCAGUAAGGACCAAUAAGUCUGGUUAAGUAUGUAUGUCAAGUAGGUUCUUGGUAAACAUUUGUUAAGUAAGAUUAUUGAUUGGCAUUUGGAGAAAAAUGAGUAAUAAGGAGAAUAUCUAGGACUUGAAGUCAAAGCCAGAAGUAGUAUAUGGGUGUUUUGGCUAUCUUACAGAUAGUCAAUAUUAAAAGUAUCAAGAAAGUAAUAAAACCAAGAAGGAUAGAAAAGACUUAUACAUGUCUCUGCUGUGUUUUGAAGAUUGGGCAUUUUCUAAUCCUAAGCAUGGCUAAAAAUUUUAAUUUUGGUUACCACCCUUUUGAUUCUCUCUUCAGUGAUUGAUUGACUUCCAGAAAAGUCUCUCCUAUUUUUUUGGUUUUAGGCUCAGUUUCCUCUACUACUUUUGGGGGAAAAAAAUCAGUUCAGAGGGCAUAUUGCAGAUUGGAGGUGAGCACCUCUGGUGCUGAUAGAGGAGCAUUGUGAGGUCAUAGACAUUGAGGCUACGGGAUUCUGGCCACAAUUCUGAAGUGGUGGUGGUGAGUUCUGGACAUACGAUGAGGGUGUGUUAAAGCCAGCAUUCAGGGAAUUGUGCAUGAUCCUGGGAACAUCCAUGGGUGUGUGUCCACGCAUGUACACCAUUCAUCAUGUAUGUUUGCUGCAAAGCGCUGGAGUCGCUGCUCUGAAGUGUCCUAGGCUUGUGGUCAGAGUAACAAGCACAAUACCCAGGUGGUCGUGGUUGAGAAACAGCUUCUCUGAACCUGCAGAACAUCUGAUAGGAUCAUAAACACUUGGGAACUGAGGGACUGAGUGGUGGAUCCCAGGCUUAUGUUGGCGUCUCUGAAUGGAACGCAGUGGACUGGGUUACAGCACAGUGUCGGGUGAACAUCGCACUGCCUUUGACGGACCUUCCAGUGCCCACAGAAAGCUCUGCUCUCACUCCUACCACUCCUACCACAGCGCACUUUGCUGUCGGUUCCUAAGCUGACGUGUAUUGACAAUUCAGAAACAUCGGUUUCAGCCAGACUUCUGUCCACUUUGUGGAAAAACUGAUCUGCAAGUGAUACAUAGGAUGAUAGAAGAUUGUUCUUCCUCCAUUGAAAGAUAAAAAGAAUCUUCCCAAAAAGGAGAAACCUAAAUAAAGGUAUUUUAGAAAAGAGGGAAAUGAAGAGUCUGAGGGUUGAAAUAAUCAAACUUUGGAGGUGCUAAGGCUCCACUCCGAUUAUAUUGGCAGAUGGCCCAGGGCGCAGCUGCUGACGAAGAAUCCCAGAUUCCACCCGAAGGCCCAAAUACUACCUCUUCUGUCUGGAGCUGAGUCAGUAAAAGGAAAUAGGCUGCUUCUGGAGGCCACAACAGAGAGCCAUUCAUGAAAGCCCUGAGGGGAUGAAGUGGCCAUCUCUUUGACACCAAGAAAAUAUGAGAAAGAGAAGACAAAGAACUUGAGACAUGGAAAGUAAAUGUCUUGCCUACGGUCACAUAGAUAUUAAAUGGCAGAGCUUGAAUUUCAACCUGGGUUUAUGUUUUUUCAAAGCUGGAACUCUUAAUAAAGUAUCAAAAUGCAGAUUUAGAAACUAGUACUGCCUCCACUUCCUUUCCAGAUAUGAACAAUCUUUUCACUCCUUUUUUAUGCAUCUUCAUCAAUGAAGACAAAAUCCAGCUGUUGAUAUCAUAGAAUGAGAAUGCUGUGAGGAGUAAUUAAUGUUAGCAAAUUCUCUGAACAAUUUAUACAUAAAAAUUGAUGAUUAUGUAUAUGUAAAUUAUAUAUGUAAAUUGAUGAUAUAUAUAUCAUAAUAUAUAUGAUCAAAGAAAUACACAGACUUUUAAGUCAGUACUUGACCUUAUUUUACAUUUUGUAGUUUUUCAGCUCUUUCUCACCUGCCAGACUUUAGAAACAUAUUGAGUAUAAAGUCUCUUAAUGCUCUUACUUCUCUCCUCUGCAAACCUUCCUAGCAGUACCCCAGUCUCCCUAUAUUAGCAAUAACUAUACAUGAAAAUGAUUCUCUAUACAAAUUUCUUUUUCAAAAAUGCCAAUUGACAGCAGUAUCUUUAAGACUGUCCAGAAAGGGCAGCCCCGGUGGUGCAGCGGUUUAGCGACGCCUGCAGCCCAGGGCGUGAUCCUGGAGACCCUGGAUCGAGUCCCAUGUCGGGCUCUCUGUAUGAUGCCUGCUUCUCCCUCUGCCUGUAUCUCUGCCUCUCUCUCUCUCUCUCUCUCUCUAUGAAUAAAUAAAUAAAAUCUUUUUUAAAAAAAGACUGUCCAGAAAAUUGUACAUUUUAGCAAUUGGCAAAGGAGGACUCUGAGCUGAUAGAAAAUCUAGUCUUUGUAUCAAUUGCCCUUUCAACAGAUGUGUCCUAGCCUAGUUUUGCUUUGUAACUUAUUGCUACUAUUGUUAUUCCUUUUAUUAAAUCAAUUUCGUGGCUCCAGUUUUUAAGAAAGUUAAAAAGCUUUAUAUACUUCUGUUGACCUUGGAAACAGAGGAAGGGCACAUUCAUACAUGGUGCUCACCAAAAAUGCAUUCCUAAAGAACAAAUUCCACGGUGUACCUACCUUUUGGCUCUUGACCCCCUGGUCCUGUCCUAGAGCACUGACAAUAUAAUAGACAUAACUUUGUGCUUUCAGGAAAUUGAAUGGAAAAUUUUUAUGGACCUCUGAGGACUGCUGAGCAUCCAUCAGGAUCUUUGUGAACACCCUGUGGGUCAGGAUGGUAUUGGGCAUCUCCUUAGAAAUUCAUAAUUUGGAAGGGGGACUGUAGUGAAGAAAGGGGGAAAUUUGGAGGGAAGUGAUACCGUGAAGAUGAAGUGACAUUGGCUUUGAAAUGAGGCAAAACCAAGGCUGAUCAGUUUCAAUCAAGAUACAAAUGAUUGAGAAAGACUGAAAAAUUCACUUCAGAUUCUUUGGGAACAUAACAAUUUUGGGAACUUGAGCAUGUGCUAUAUCUUCUCAUCCUAGCACUCACUACACAUGACACCUGUUCUCCCACAAGGCCAUAAACUUAAUGAGGGCAGGGAUGUUAUUAACACAGGUUAGCUCAAUGCAUUGUGCUAUUGUCCACUAAAUAAAUAUUUGCUAAUCAAAUGUCUCAGAACCAGCUAGUACUUCUGUUGUUUUCUUCUAGCAAAAACUCAGAAACUUCCUUUAUCUUGUACAACAAAAGAAUAACCUAUGAGUUGGAUGUCAUGUGGGAAUUAAAUAAAAUAUAAUACCAGCA